AUGAACGAGAAUGUGGAAGAUGAUUUGGCGGCGAUCGAGGGCGAGGGAGGUGGCUCAGCAGGAUCUGGGCAGCAGUGCGACGAGGGGGCUCACGUGCCAAUCGAGGGCGACAAGGGGCUCGGCACAGACGAGAUCGUCGACGUCGACGAGGGGCUCGGACGCGUGCCGAUCGAGGGUGACGGGGGGCUCGGCGUCGACGAGAUCGUCGACGUCGACGAGGGGCUCGGCGUCGACGAGGGGCUCGGCGUCGACGAGGGGCUCGGCGUCGACGAGGGCGCGGAGGUCGGCGUCGACGAGGGCGCGGAGGACGACGAGGGGGUCGGCGUCGACGCAGGGCGCGCGGUCAAGCUGCCCUUCUACAGGAGCCUGACUGGCGGGAAGGAGCGCACGCGCAAGGCCAAGGCAGGGAGCGGCAUUGCCUGGCCGAUCGAGGACUCGCCGAAGGGCACGACGGGCGCUGGCAAGAGCAAGAGUAAGGGCGGGCCGAAGGGCACUGGCAAGAGCAAGAGCAAGGCCAAGGCGAAGGCCAAGAGCACGGGCAAGGGCAGCGUGAAGGAGGAGCCGAAGGUCACUGACAAGAGCAGCGCGAAGGAGGAGCCGAAGGGCACUGGCAAGAGCAGCACGAAGGACUCGCCGAAGGGCACUGGCACGAGCAGCAUGAAGGACUCGCCGAAGGGCACUGGCAAGAGCAAGGGCACCGCGAAGGACUCGCCGAAGGGCACUGGCACGAUCAAGGGCGCCACGAAGGAGGAGCCGAAGGGCGCUGGCAAGAGCAAGCGCACCACGAAGGAGGAUCCGAAGGGCGCUGGCGAGAGCAAGAGCAGCACGAAGGACUCGACGACGGGCGCUGGUAAGAGCAAGAGCAAGAGCAAGAGUAAGGGCGGCGAGGGCAGCUGCGCCACCCAGACGAUCCUGAGGAAGAGGCCCGCUGCGGCUCAGAAGAGGCCAGCGGGCAACGGCGGGCUUCACGUCACGUGGAAAGAGGACCUGGUUGAGGAGCGCGCCUUCGAGGUCGAGGCCGAGGCUCCGCUCGAGCGCGCGCGCGAGGAGGGCGAGGCGGCCCCGGGUGGAGGCGCGCGGGGCCCCGACGACGACACGGACGCAGAGGAAGAGCAGCGCAAGGAGGAGGCAGAGGAAGAGCAGCCCAAGGAACGCGACGAGGUGGUCGACCCCGAAUUCCAGCACGACCUCGACCACCUGACGCAGGUCCAGCUCUGGAGCGAGGAGUGGCAGGACACCUUCGCCAUCAGGAAGCUCCGCGGGGGGCGCGAGGGGAUCGGCGCCCUCGUAGCCAGGUGGUCGAGCGAGAAGGUCUUGAAAGGAGGUCGCUGGCCGAUGUUCGCGAUGCUCUCGGACCGCAUGGCGAAUGACUAUUGCCAGUCGCUGGGCGUGACGACGGGCAAGGAGGCAGGCCAGGCGAUGCAG